AUGCGCCCCACUUUUAUUUUGCUGUUACUGAUCAAUGUUCGAUCGGCUGUGGCUGUGGCAAGCAAUUCAUUAGGCGACUGCUAUGCAUUGGUGGUCAAGUUUGAUACAACAUGUGCUGCAAAUGUAACUGUAGUUUCAUCUAUUCUUUCUACAACUGGAAUUAAUGUGAUCUGCCCAAGUGGUUUUACUAAUUCAACAUGUCCUGGCAAUUGGUCAAAUGGUACCUGUGUAUUUGCUCAUAAGUUGUGUGUUACAUGUUCUGCUGGCCCACCAGUUCGAAUUCGUGUACAAAGUAAUGGUUUGCCACGAUUUUGUCCCAAUGCACCACAACCAAUAACUGAACAAAAUAUUGAUUUUACUGUCAAUUUCAAUCCGGAUGUUAGUAUCAAUUCAUUAAAUCAUAAUCCAACUAGUGUCGCAGCAUUGGAUGCCAUUGUUUGCAAUUUAAGUAGCCAAAUAUUAGCUCCAGCAUCGUCAAAUUUAGUAAUAAACGGCGACCCAUUGAUUACUGUUGCUGCUAUCAGCAUUGAUGGUGUACCGAUUUUGAACGUCAACAGUGCCAACAAUGCUGAUCCAUUUUAUCCGACUGGAAACAUUUCAGUUGAAAUUGUCGAUGCCUGCUUAGGACAUCCAAAUCAACAGAACAUGUACCACUAUCACAUUGGCACGGCUUGUGCCUUAACACUACCAAAUGGUAGCAUUGCGCAGUGUACAAAUAUACCAUCUUGCUCCACAAACAUUGCGAACUACAGUAUCUCGUCAUUCAAUCAAUAUCGUACUAUAACCGUAAUAGGAAUAGCGAAAGAUGGUCACAUUAUUUAUGGUCCUUACGACUCAACAGGCACAGAAGUGAGUAUCGUGAACUUAGCAACUUAG